AUGGAGAACGGGGGGCGGCCCUCGCUGGGCCAGUUCAUCCUGCUGGGCACCAGCUCCGUCGUCACCGCGUGCCUGUACUCCGUGUACCGGCGGAAGGCCCAGGUCGCCCAAGAGCUCAAGGGAGCUAAAAGAAUCCACUUGGGUGAAGAUUUAAAGAAUAUCCUUUCCGAAGCUCCAGGAAAAUGUGUGCCUUAUGCUGUUAUUGAAGGAGCUGUUCGAUCUGUUAAAGAAACGCUUAACAGCCAGUUUGUGGAAAAUUGCAAGGGGGUGAUUCAGCGGCUGACACUUCAGGAGCACAAGAUGGUGUGGAACCGAACAACCCACCUUUGGAAUGACUAUUCAAAGAUCAUUCACCAGAGGACCAACACGGUGCCCUUUGACCUGGUGCCCCACGAGGACGGCGUGGGUGUGGCUGUGCGAGUGCUGAAGCCCCUGGACUCCCAGGAUCUGGGCCUGGAGACUGUGUACGAGAAGUUCCACCCCUCAAUCCAGUCCUUCACUGAUGCCAUCGGCCACUUCAUCAGUGGUGAGCGGCCCAAAGGCAUCCAGGAGACCGAGGAGAUGCUGAAGGUUGGGGCCACCCUCACAGGGGUGGGCGAACUGGUCCUGGACAACAACUCAAUCCGCCUGCAGCCUCCCAAGCAGGGCAUGCAGUACUAUCUGAGCAGCCAGGACUUCGACAGCCUGCUGCAGAGGCAGGAGUCGAGUGUCAGGCUCUGGAAGGUCCUGACGCUGGUGUUUGGCUUUGCCGCGUGUGCUGCUCUCUUCUUCAUCCUCAGAAAGCAGUAUCUGCAGUGGCAGGAGCGACUGCGCCUCAAGCAGAUGGAGAAGGAGUUCCGGGAGCGCGAGGCCCAGCUGCUGAGCCAAGCCGAGCCUGAGGACAGGGAGAGUCUGAAGAGCACCUGUGUCGUGUGUCUGAGCAACUUCAAGUCUUGCGUCUUUCUGGAGUGUGGGCACGUCUGUUCCUGCACUGAGUGCUACCGCGCUUUGCCAGAGCCCAAGCAGUGCCCCAUCUGCAGGCAGGAGAUCACCCGAGUGAUUCCCUUGUACAAUAGCUAACCGUCUGGAAGCCCCACAGUUACACAAGAGCGGAAGCUCCCCCUUUCAGGGGUUUUAUCUCGAGGCCUUAGAAGAGCAGUGGGGCGGGGUGGGGUGGGCAGCUGUUUUCUCUGCAUGUUACUGAGGGCAGGAGGUGGGGGAGCUGUCUGGACCUCACACCUCCAACAGUAGGAUGCUGCCUUUCCAACCGGAGAGGGGACCCUUUCUAGCGCACUGUGAGUCAGAGCCCCCCUUGGUGGGUGUGCUGGCAUGGCAUCCUUUCCUCAGAUCCUGAUGAGUGUGUGUGACUGAAACACCUCAUCACUUAAGCACCAAAGCCAAGAGCUUCAGCUCUUCUGCUCUUGUGUCUUCUGGUCCUUUCUGGUGACUUGUUGAUUCCUGUGGACUUGAGCCUUGAAUGACUCAGCCAGAGGGCAGGCAAGGUUGGGCUCUGAGCGUGGUGUAUGCCUCGCAGAGCUUCCUCUGGGGAGACUCUGUCCUAGUCUUUCUUCCUUUUGCUUAUACCCCAGGAAAAAAUCCAGCUGGACAUGUCACUUGUGUCCCUUUCCCCUUACCUGCUGCUUGCCUCCUAAGUGUGCACCUGUCUGUCAGGACAGAAGAAAGUGAAGUCCAGCAUUUGCUGUCUACCAAACAGGAUGGACUCUGAUCAGCAGAACAAAGAGUGGUCACCUGAAGGGACGGUGGGAAUGGUGGUCAACUCAGUGGUCCCAGCAGUGGUGAGGAUGGGCAGCUUGGCAGCAGCGCCCCUGGGGUCUCUGUUGCCUGAAAGGGGGCCACCAGAGCAUGCUCCCCACCCUGAUGGUCACUCUGGUUUUCGCUGCCUGAGGUGAGCUGCAAAGGGCUCACCUCCCACAGAAAGCAAUAAGGAUGCUGCUGCCCCAGCCUCUGGCUGUCUCAGCUUCUCUCCAAGGUUCUCUCCAGCCAGCAUCCUGAGCCUUUUUCAGGCUUCCCCUCCUGCGGCGAACAGUUGAGUACCAUGGGUGUAAUCACGUCGCCCCUUUUUUUGUUAUCCGUCACCCUUCACUGCCCCUCCUGAGUUUGAGUGGAAAAGAAGUGGUCAAAGGUCACUUACACACCUUUCUUACCUCCCUCCCUGGCUCUGAAUGUUCAUUCUCCUGAUCCUUUGUGCGGGGGAGGUGGGGUGCUCUCAGGGGGCUGACACCUAUGCAGUGUCCAGCGUGGGCAGCACAAAUUAAACAUGCUAC